CUCGCCAGACACUUUAUCCAGUCAUUAUGGACUACAAGAUUGCUGCCGUCAUCUGUGCUGUGCUGCUGUCUGCUACUUUAUUACAAGGAGCUGCUAUACCUCGAGGGAAUCGCUGUCUGUGCACCAAAUUUUCUAAGAAACUCAAAAUAAAGGCAGUUGAAAAGUUGGAGAUUUAUCCCAGAAGUUCUACAUGUGAAAAUGUUGAAUACAUGGCAUUUCUAAAAAAACGAAGUGUUCCCAUAUGUGUCAGUCCUGACUUAAAAGAAGUAAAGGCUCUUCUGAGAAAAACCAAUCGGCAUCUCAAGCAUAUUAAAGUGAUACACCACCAAUGAAUGUGAGCAUGCAUGGAAGAUCAUACUGACCAUCUGAAUAGCUUUUACAGUUAUUUGUUGCUGUUAUUAUUAUUGAUCAUUAAUUCAUUAUUCAUGAUCAAUAAUAAUGAUUCCAAACAUUUUGUGUUUCCUUUUGUUCACAAUUUAAAAAUGAAAUCUCAUUCUCCAAUUGUUAUAAUUUAUUAAGGAUUCUGCAUGUAGAUAUAUCGUAUAUGUGUAAAUAUACAAUUAUGUGUAAAUAAUAUGUAAAUAGUGUACAAAAUGCAAUGUAAAAUAUUCAUCAUAUGCAUUUUAUACUAAAAACUGUUUUCCUUGUUUUGGCU